CGGCGGCGAUGAGGCUGCGGCGGGCGGCGGCGGCGGCGGGCGCCUGAGCCAGGAGGAGCCGGGAGCAGCCCCCGGGAGCCCCCCCCGCCGCCAUCCCCCUGCUCUGCACGGCCCUGCCUCGUCCCGCACCGCCCCGUCCCUGCGCUGCUGCCCUGCCCUGCCCCGCCGCCACCAUGAUGGAGGAGAUUGACCGGUUCCAGGUGCCCGCCGUGCGCGCUGAGAUGCAGCCGCUGGAUCCAACAGCUGCAUCUAUUUCGGACAGAGAUUGUGAUACGAGAGAGGGAGAGACUGUAGCCAUGAACUAUAAGCCGUCCCCACUCCAAGUGAAAUUAGAGAAGCAGAGGGAGCUGGCUCGGAAGGGCUCCCUGAAGAACGGCAACAUGGGCAGCCCAGUUAAUCAGCAGCCCAAGAAGAACAACGUGAUGGCACGGACAAGGCUCGUCGUUCCCAAUAAGGGCUAUUCGUCAUUAGAUCAGAGUCCAGAUGAAAAGCCACUGGUAGCCCUGGAUACGGACAGUGAUGAUGACUUUGACAUGUCCAGAUAUUCCUCCUCGGGAUACUCAUCAGCUGAGAUCAACCAAGACUUGAACAUCCAGCUGCUAAAGGAUGGGUACCGGUUAGAUGAGAUCCCAGAUGACGAGGACCUCGACCUAAUCCCCCCUAAAUCGGUCAACCCUACCUGCAUGUGUUGCCAAGCCACCUCCUCCACCGCCUGUCACAUCCAGUAGUGAGGCCGGCAGGCUGUGAUCAGUGCUUUCCACUAUAACUGUAAAACUUAACAGCCAUUGCUUCCUCCUAUGGUAGGACGUGCACCUCUUUGUGUUCAUGGAGCCAGGAGAAACCAAAAAAUUCAUUUUAUGAUUGGUUGAUAAGUUAUUUUAAACUAUGGUUAAACAAAAGAGUUAAACUCAAAGUGCCAGGCAGUGCCUGGCAGAACUGACUGGUCCGGGGAGCGGAUGCAGAAGGGUCCGAGAUACUUCUGGGUUUGUGUGGGCACCAGAGAUGUUUUGUAAGGUGUCAGUUCCAGAAUGGGAAGGAUAGGAUGGGGCUGCAGUUAAUCCUACCCUCUAAAAACAACCCAUUUGCAAGAUCAGGGUGAGUCUGAGGUGUCAGGGGGGUUUGCCUGGAGUCAGUUCUUAAUUAGUUCACUAAGCCUCAUUUGCCUGUGUAACCAAAAUUACACCGUGACCAGGGCACAGGAAUGGCAACAGAGCAGGGCAUCCUUUCUUAUGGCAAGUCAAGCCAGGAAUAACAUGACACAAUUUAUUCACUUUCAAAAAGGGUGAGUAGGGGGCAUUUCUCUGUGAGUCAGUACCAGCUGGAGCUGUUGUGUCACACACCCGUUGCAAUCUACCCUUAGCACCACAUGAAAUUAUCACCAAACACAUCAGAUUUGAUUUGCAAUCCAUCCAUACCCUCUGUAGAUUCAGUCCUUGCCUGAGAAUACCAUAAUCAUGAAUUCAAUUCAGUUGAAUACACUGACUUCAGCUUCUACUCAAUUCCUGCGAGAGCCAUCUGCUUCCAAAAAUCUUAAACUUUGUUCAGCUAAGAAAAAAUGAGUCCUGCGUAAGACAGGACUCGAGCUGUACAGUCUGAAGGUCAGUGCUGAAAAAGACAGUUGAAGAAAGCAUAUUUUUUAGAGCUCGGCUGUUGGUACUCUUGACAGUGCAUCUCUUGGUGCCUAUGGGAGAGAUUUGUUAACGUGCUGGUGUCAGACUUUAGGGGAGUUUUCAGCAACAGAGGGAUUAUGAGUAGAUUCAGCUGAAAAAAGCCGUGAGAGGGAACUACUGUUUAUUGCAUCUCUGUCCCCUUGUGCACCAAACUUUGUCUGUUAGAGCUGUCCCACCUCAGGAACAAUUAUGUUUAUUUGAUGCUGGAAUAGUCAGGAAACCUGGCAUUAUGUUAGAUUUCUGGACUGAAUUGCCAGUUCACCAACAGAUUGUUUUAAAUGCAAAAUCAUUUCUGGAAUUAGGAAUAUGUCCUUUCCCUUUUCAGUUUUACACUGCUAGCUUCAGAAGACAUGGGACUCAGAUGAUGGGUGGGCUGGCGUCUUUCUCUGAGGUGAAAUCUUUUGACACAGCCACGUCAGUGUCUUUUCGUGCUCAGCCAGAAAGAAAGGCUGCCUGCCUUACAUUAGUGCUCUCUUUAGAGCCUGGUGGGAAGAAAAAGUGAAGGCAAUUCUGUUUCCCAUCAGAAUUCCCCUGAGCCACGAGAAAGAGCCAGAUCUCCACCCUGAAGUACAGAUCCCCCAUAUGAGAUUAGCACAUCAUGAGCUGACUCUUUAAGAAGUUCUCUGGGUGAUGAGGAGGACACUUACUUAACAUCACGCGUUUUUACUCUGUGCAGUGCAAGGCAUGAUGUCAUCCGCAGCAUGAGCAAAAGAGCAGGCAUACAGGGCUCCUGGGCUUCAUUAUUCAUCAGCUAGCUGCAGGCAACCCUGAAAGCUGUGUUUGCCCCCUCCCCAAAGCAGGGACUGUUGCCCUGUCUGCCAGGGAACAGAAAGAGGAUGGAGCAGACUUGUUUACUGAGCAUCUCUGCCUCCUUGUGCAGAAGUGCUGGUUAACUUGCCAACUCCUCUAGGGAGAGAGUGUUCCUCUAUUGAAUUCCUCUCACUUUCUCAUCACAUGGCAGUGCUGAGGGGGAAUAUUUCAAAAAUGUUUUUAAAGAAGCACAAAGCUUCAGCUCCCCAAUUCCUUGCUUCUUUUGUGUGCCAGCCUUCCCCUCCAGUGCUAGUUCGGGUGUGAGAUUAGCAAGUUGUCUGCAGUGGGGAGAAGAGCUGUAACAGCACUGUGUGGGAAGAAGAGGUAAAAGGGAGGAAAAGCUUGAGGAGUCUUUCUUUCAGAUGGGGAAUGUAGUCAAAACCUAACAGAAACCCCAUGGUCAAACUAAAUCCUACAGGACAUGGCCAAGUCUCUUUAAAGGUUCACACUUCUAAAGCAGGAGUUUGCAGUUCAGCGUUGGUACCAUGCAAUAUCCCCAUUGCACUUAUCCUCCUGGGUCGGUGUCUGUGCCUUCCAGGCAGGCUGCACGCGCUCAGCCUUUCCCGCAGGAGCUCGGGGCAUUUUGGUGAGCCUGCUCAAGCAGCGAGGUAUCUGUUUCUGUUGGUUAACCUUGGCAGACUGCACGUCCCACAGAUCUCCAUCAAACCACCUUUGUCUUGGGACAAAGAUGGAAGGAGACCUGCUGAGAUUGUGUCUCCCAGGGCUGUAGCUUCCCCUCUGAAGGACAGACUUUUCCUAUAACGACUGCUAAGUCCUUUCAUUGCCCGUGUUGCUGUUUUUUGCCUGCUGUGUGCUCUGAGGCAUUCCCCAACCCCACAACCCUGCAACCGCCCUCCACCCUUUGCAUUGUGUGAUGUGCACCUGCUUCCACCAUAACCCCUUAAGGUCCCUGGGAGGGAACUACUCAUUUGCACAUGUGAGGGAGGGAAAUGAAUUUAAAUGUGAACUAGGCCAGUGCUUCCUCCAAAUACAGACAGAAGCACAAGCCAAGUGUUUAUUCCCUGCUCACAGAAGGAGCUGGUUGCACAAAUAGCUGGUUUGGCACAACAGUAAAGGACCAUAAAAUGGCAAUUUUUUGGCUUCUCCUCUCUAUGCUUUGUGUUCAUAUAUUUUAUUAGGGGAAUAAAGUAGAAAGGGUGGGGAAAAGUAGUUACCUGUGUAGGGUCAUUAUCAGGAAGGCUGAAUGGAUUAAGGCAAUGCACGUGUGGCUAUCAUAGAAAACUGACCACUAACCCUUCUGAACUGCAGCCCCUUAAUCAGGUUAUGACCAUGGGGCACGUUUGUUGGCUCAUUACAGAUUAUGAUGGACAGCCCAGCAGUGUGUGUUAACAGCAGAUUGAUUGGCUUGGCUCUCCCUGUCUGGUCUCGUGUUCAGACCUUUGUUUUGGCCAGAAGGUUUUCCUUGUGCCCUCACUGGAGGUUGUGGGAGCUUCCCAGGAAGGAGGUGGUUGUUGGUACAUGGUUGUUCUGGCGCUGCUCUCGUUAUACAAGCAGCAUAUCUGCUGCCGUGGCAUGGAGAAGGCAAAAGCAAACAGCACAGCCCCUGACUCUUUGUUGCAGCAUUAGAAAGCCCUAAAAUCUGCAGAGCUGCUGGGUACUCUUCAAACUGCAGGUUGCUUGCAAGAAAACAAAUCGUUCCUUGUUCCAGUCUUUGCACCAAACCAUACGGUCUUCUCAGGCUUUAUUUUCAGUCCAAAAUGUACAGAAUACCAGGGGGAGGAGCGCCGUGGGGUAUGAAAAGCUGCAUUAAAGUCCAUCUAAAUUACCACGCAAAUAGGAUAACUUCCUUAUAGUGAUGCUGGCACCUCUAACAAAGGAAUUUGCAUUUGGUGCCUCCUAAAGCCAGAUUGGCUUUUUUAGCUAGGGUUUUAAGUAAUUUUAGUCACCAAAUUAUCUGAGUUUGGGCAAAUCAUUUCCUUUUAUCAGAUGUUAGUUUAGUCCUUUCAUGUAAGCUGGCUUUGGACUGCAAGGUCUCAGCACUCAAUUCUUGUCUCUCCAAUCAGCCUGCAAACCCCCCCAUUUCCAGAUGUCUGUGUGAGGGGAAGUAUCCCCCCAGUGUCGAGGAAGGGCCCUAGAUAGCAUGGUCUAGUCUGCUUUUCCCCUAGUUGUAUAAAUAACCUUUGGCUGAAGGAAGGCUGAUGUCCAGGUGACCAUCCCGGAGGCUCAUUUGAUGUCCCAUCAGGCAUAUCUUGAAGCUGACCUUUGAAAGAGCCACUGGAUCAUAUAUGAUGUUGCUGCACAUCUACCCCCAAUGCGUAUAUUCGGCUGUCAGGUCUAUUCUGCUCUUCUGGCCAUCCUGCUUGCAGAUACCUGGCGAUUGCAAGAGCAGGAAGCCAAGCCUGCUGCACAGACUUCGUAAGGGGCUUGAGGAUGCUGUGCUCACCCACGGACAGGACAGACUCAACUGCUUCUGGUUUGGCUCUCCGUCUCCUUUCCCAAAAGGAGACAGCUGCUCUGCUCAGCUGUGUGCUGGCUGACACAUUGAUCUGAGAUCCUGAGCAGAAACCUUCCCUCUCCAUGCAGAGUCUGUCCUCAGGCUGGCCUGCAAGCUGUACAACGGCGUGCAGGAAGCUUGAAAAGUGCAGCACCCUGUAUGUGACUCAACAGAAACAUGAAGAUGCUUUUGAAGGAAGGAAAGACCCAGCUGGGCACCAGAUGGAACAAGAGAAGAAAAACAAGCAAUAACUGGAAAGGUUGCCAAGUGCUGCCUUGGCCUAGGGCAGAUCCCAGUUGUCCAAGCUAAUCUAUCUCAGUGCAGUGCUGAUACCAAGCAAAGCUUGUUUUCAGAUGCAUACACCAGAAACACCAUGUCCCUGAGCUAGCACUGCAGCCAAAUACUACUGCAGAGAGUCUGCUGGACCAUCAGCGCACAGAAAUGAGAUCUGGGGUCCCUCGCUGCUUUUGGCACGUGUGUUUGCUCCUACCCCAGGCAGGUCACAUCCCCUCUUGACAUCCAUGCCCUUCUGCAGCGCAGGGGAGAAACCAUCCUUCCCCGGCCACCACCACCCUGCAUGGAUGUUGCCAAGUGUGUGGCAGGCACCAUUAAUAGGACAGCUCUGCAAGCAAGGAUCAAAUUGAAGCUAUAAAAGUUUUACACGUAUUUUCAAAGUUCUGCGAAGCAACACAAUUCUCCUUUCCCUCUGUUCACCAGCGUCUCAUGUUGCUUGCAUGUGCCAGAAGGCUUCAGGGUAAGCUUAGUAUAGAGAUUAAAUGGCUUUGGGUGCAGAUGUUUGGCAAGGGGAGGUUUCCCAGUUAUUUGGCUGCUGGCUCGUGCACAGCUGGCUACUUGAUAUGCACCCUGACACAGGCAGCAUGUAAGAAUUGGUGGUCCAACAGCACCAUCCCCUGCUAGCAGACUUAAGGAAUUUAGGAGUGCAAGUGGGUUUCCAGCUCAGAUAGUGAAUUUUAAUUGGGUGGAAGAGAUCACUGAAGGGCUUAUCUGGGAUAUUCCCAGGGAAGUUUCAUACUUUUAUAUUCAGCAUGUAUGUAAUGAUCUGAGGCACUUGUGUCUGCGCUCUUCCUUUAUUUUUCCAUUCUUCCUUGAAGUACUCACACGGUAUGGCCACUCUUACCUAGGACAGAACAGGCUUUGUCACCUGUCUGUUCAGCAAGCACAGGCUGCAUGUGCCACCCUGAACAUACCCUGGCUUUGGCCCCUGGCACCCUUCAGAGCUGACUCUUCACAACUCACUUCUCUUUCUAGUUCUCAUGUCUCAAAAACACCUGCAGAGAUGGGCAGAGUGCCACAGGGGAAGCUGGACCAGGCUGAGCCAGAGGGGCAGGCACGGGAAGGUCUUCAUUUUAAGGUGCUUUUCACCUCAAGGAGGACAAGGCAUCCUUGUCACUUCUUGUUGAGGCCUUGUGCGAGGGGCUGCUCCAGACCCUGAACCGCACCUCACCAGAUGAACCUGCCUGUAACAGAGCCACACAAACCCUGAAGCAGGAGGGCCAGAGGCUUAGAGGAAGAGAUUUAAUGACAGACUAACCAUGUGUUAGUCUGUCAUUAAAAAAACUGCUUCCCAAAAAUUCACUUCCCGAAGAUUACAGGUACAUCCCCUCCUUCAGCCCCCGUGACACCAGUGGCAGUCCCAGGAUCACAGCAGCCUGGCUGAGCGCUCCUCUAACAGCUUGCUUGGAAAGCAAGGGCCAGGGGCUAAUGGAGGUGACAUGGAUCAGAGCAUUGUGGCCCACGCAGGCAUUCAGGAAGCCACAGCACGGAGCAGGACAUCACUGACUUCCCCUGGCGCCUGCGGUGAGCAGCUCUUCCCUGCUCCCCAGGCCCAGUUGCCAGCAGAAACUGGUGGUGGGUCUGAGGCUUUCUCCUCUGUAAAAAGCCGCUUCAGCAAACGAUGGGUUUGCUCCGGGAAGGAGCUCGCCUGGCUGAUCGUGCCGGGUCUGUGAGGCAGCCAUUUCCAUAGUAACCAGUGGCGACAGAGGCGGGGGGAUUACAUCAGGGAGUGAAGGUACAAAAGAAGCCUCAUUGAAAUGUGGCUGUCUCAGGCGUGGCACUGGAAACCAACACAGUAGGCACCAGGAAAAGAAAAGGCCAUGGAAAGGCCAUGCUGAGCUAAGUCCCGUUACAUGCCGCGAUGUUUGCCCUCCCGGAGCAGCAUUUCUCCCCAAGCUGCCCAUUCAGCUGCCCCAGGUCAGGUCUCCAGAAAGCACUGCUCCGCACAGACUGCCUUCUCUUUUCUGCACCAGUCCCAAAAAAGCUGCCAUUCACAUUUGUUACUCAUCUUCCUCAAGGCUGCAUGAUCUGGGAAAGGCAAAAUUUAUCGGGAGAUGUAAUCCAGACCCACAGGGAGAUGAAAAAUUUGGACAAGCUUUCCUCUUCACAGCAGCCCUUCUGGUUUUUGUUACUUCUGCCUCCUUCCACAGCUCAGAUUUCUUUGCAUGGGGAUAGCAGGUGCGUUCAGCUUGUCAGUGACAAACCCAAGGCAAACAUCAGACCAGCAGGAGACCCAAGAGGCGUGAUGGUGGGUGAGCCAGCGAGCCGGAUGGGAUUUCUCUUCACCCACCUGAGUGGCCAGGGGAAGGCCGUGGGGCUGAGGGUCACCCAGGCAAGUUUAAAACCUUGGUGUGAGCCACCAAGCCCAGCUGGGUGCCGUCACCCUUCCAGCAUCAGCACCGUGGGCACACUGGGACCCAAGACCCCAGUCCAAGACCUGCCUGAGUCCAAGACCCUCAGGCAGGCAGAGGUGGAAGUCUGUCAGUGGUCCCCUUCUCAGCUGUGAAACACGCUGGCAGGGCUGUAGUUCUGUAGAGAGAACAACUCUUGCAGAGGAUGAAGUCUUUGCAGGGGAGAAAUUUCAGGAAGAUAUUCCCCCCCAUCCCUCCUUCUCGCACAUUUUUAACCAUUUUAACCCCUUCCACAGGGGUCAUUGAACCUUAAUAAAGAAGGAAACGAAGCACCAUUAAAUAGCUUUCUAAAGGGUUCUGGAAGCAGGCGCUGCUUGCAUGCUGAGCUGGUCUGUGUCUACCGUGUGACUUCCAGACCUCAUGGCAUAUCCUGUAGCUGAGUCCCCUGGAGUGCUGUGUGGGGACUAGGGUGGGAGAACCAACACUGACCAUGACAUCAAACAUCACAUCCCAAACUAGAGAAGGGUCGUAUAAGGGAAGGGGGGAAAGCAGCAGCAGUGAUAGAAGUAUAACUAGUUGUCGCAGGUAAACUUGGGUAUCCGUGUCCAGUGGUUAGUUCUAGAAUUGCAAGCCUUGUUAUAUUGCACACGUCCUCCUUUCACUCCUCUUUUCUCAAAGCAGCCAUCCUCUUUUUUUUUUUUUUUCUUCCCCCCUUGAACUUGUGAUGAGCAACAGAGGCAGUUGCACCAGAAUGACUCUCAGCCCAGUUCUGCAUCCCCCCCUCCCACCCAAACCCAAGGCAGUCCGGACAGCUGUUGGCCAUCACAAUUCUUAAUUUUUAGUAACUCCACUUGGAUUUCUUUCCUCGUGUACCAUGGCUUCUUCCACAAGCACCCCAGCAGGGCAGCACAGGAGGCUCUGACCAUGUCCCAGGAAGCUUCUUUGCCCCUGGCAGCACCUUGCAGACUUGCACCUUACUGGGAACGUACUGGGUCGAUGCUGGUGAGAUCUGGCACUGCCAAUCUUGCGUACGUGGCAGCUGAUGGGAAUCCACCGGGAGAAGCUGGCAGGAAGUGGCUACUGUCCCUUUUCUUUUCAAUUUUGAUGGAGAGGGGGAUUUUUUUGGCAUUAAGAUUUUUGUCCACCUUCCAGUGGCCAAGUUCUGGGCUGCAUUAAUAAUUGGGGUUGGUUGGCUGUCCAGGCAGGUAUGGAGCUUCACACCAGCUUUUGAUAGCAAAUGUCACAGCUGCAUCCACAACCUGGCUACAGGCUGGGUUUCUCCUGUGCUGGCAACGAGCAGGCUGCGCUUCCAGCAGGCUCCAGAUAACCUGGCAGGUGGGGGGACAGCCCUCUUAGAGUCCGGAUCAAGUCCGAACUUCCAUUUCAUGUCCUCAGCUUGAAAGAAACUAAACCCAAGCAAAUGCUACCAAGAUCUCCUUCCACCACGCGGUGCCUGGCGCCCAGGGGAGGGGUUGGCGGGGGGCAUUUGUGGGUCACUGCAGAUGGGAUCCUUCUGGGAUAUAGUUAAUGGAAAUGCCUUUCAGGAGAGACCUCCCGACCUUUGCGUUAAUCUCAGAACAGGGGAUGAAUUUCUGGCUGUCCUUGCAUAUAGUGAAACAUAGCUGAAACAGCCAAAUGCAAAGUAGAGUUAAAUGUAGGGUUUGACCUGAAUAACCUUUUAAUUAGGAAGAUAAAUUUGUUGUAGCUUGACUUUAGUCCAUGUUAGGAACCUGCUAAUCAUUUGACAUGCAGAGUGUAUUAAUGCUGCACUUAACUUGGCCAUUGGUUUUAUUAUCUGGUUUUGGGAGUUUUUUACUCCUGAAGCAUUAAUCUGCAUCUUGUAUGGAUUCUUUUUCUUUCUUCCUAUUCAGAACAUGUAGCACACUGUUGUACUUCUGUUCCCGUCCACGUAGAGUAUUGCCUUAAACAGAUCAGUUGUGUUGUGGUUUGUUUUGGGUUUUCUUCUUUUUCUACCAUCAGUUUUAUGCAUUAAUUUAUUUAAAAGUAUGUUUUUUUGGAAAAAAAACAUGAAGCGUAUAAUAUUUUUUUUUAACAUUUCCAUUGCAGUAUUUAUCAUUGUUACUGUUUGUGUGUAGUGUAACAAUUAAUGAUAUUAAAAAGCAUACAUAUGAAAA